GGGAAAGAGCAACAACCACAGCCACUUGUGAAUCAUGACAAUGUUAUCCGUGGCAUACUCUCACUCCUCCCCCACUCUCUCACUUCCACCCCUCUCCCCUUCAAAAAUCCAUGGCUGCUUAUCUUCACCGACCAUUCCAACUCCAGUUUCUACUCUAAAAUCUUCUGGGUUUCCUCCAAGACUAUCGAUCAAUGGGAAUUUGAAUUCUCACAGAAACAGAUUUCGUGCGAAUUCGGCUGACCCAGAUGGGGAUGUCCAAAUUACUACCCAAUUCACGCAGGGGAAUGAUGGAAUUUCCAAAGAUACUAGUGGGAGCAACCCAUCAACUAGCUUCUUGUCUGUUCUCUGUCCCUUGCUCAAGCUUUUCUCCGGAGGGGAUCCAGCUCAAGAACGGAAUUACUUUUUGGAGGUUGCGACAUCUUCCUUGUCUACCUUGGCAAGGUUGCCAUGGGGUUCAAGGUCACUAACAGACAAUUUGCACAGCCAAGAGAUGAGUGCAGUGGAUCCUCCAAAUAAUUUGCAACUUUUUGAAUUUGAGGCAUGCCCUUUUUGCAGGAGGGUUCGAGAGGCCAUAACUGAGCUUGAUCUUUCAGUAGAGAUCUAUCCUUGCCCAAAAGGUUCCAUAAGACACAGGGAAAUGGUUAGGAGUGUUGGUGGCAAAGAGCAGUUUCCUUUCCUCAUGGACCCAAAUACUGGAAUGUCAAUGUAUGAAAGUGGUGAGAUCGUCAAAUACUUAUUCCAGCAAUAUGGUAACGGAAGAAGUCCUUCAAUUGGUCUUCUAGAAAGCACACUGCUUACAGGAUGGAUGCCAACCAUUCUUCGAGCAGGAAGAGGGAUGUCAUUAUGGGAAAAGGCCCGAACAGAGCCACCACCCAAGAAGUUGGAACUUUUCUCCUAUGAAAACAAUCCAUAUGCUCGAAUUGUGCGGGAAGCACUCUGUGAAUUGGAGCUUCCUUAUGUCCUUCAAUCUGUCGGAGAGGGAUCCCGACGAACAAAUUUACUUGUUGAGGCAUCUGGAUCGAAAGAGGUGCCUUACAUAGUUGAUCCCAACACUGGAACUCAAAUCGGCGAUUACAAGAAGAUUUUAUCUUAUUUGUUCCAGACUUAUGCCAUGGCCAGCUCAUAGUUGCAGCAUACACCUUGAACUCUCGAAGGUUACUGCAGUUGAGGGAGACAAAAAGGCUAUCAUUAUUCUUGUCUACUGGAAAUCAGGUGAAUUGCAGCACAAUUGCCAUGGUAACAUCGUCGGUUUUGAUCCGAGAUUGAGUGUUGGGCUUGCCUUCUCCUCGUGGUUAUGACGAGGUUCGGGACAAUAGAAAUAUAUUUGUAAAAAAAGAAAAAGAAAAAAAGAA